AUCUAUCUUAGUAUAUAAUACUCACUUUUUAAGCUGUAAAUAGAUAGUCUUCCUUUCUCUCUAUCUCUCUCCGUUUUCAAUUUUCAUUUACACCUUCAACGCCUCAUCAGUCACAUAACAAGUUACACACUUCUCUUCUCUUCUCUUCUCUUCUUUCUACAACCUCACUUUCACUCAUAAAUGUCUGCAACGUUGACUCAGACCUUGCACUGCUUGCACCAUUCAGAUGAAGGUGACAACUACACCUAUGGCAACAGCACAAGCGUGAGUGAGAUAGAGGAAGAGAACACCUCGCACGUGCACUUCAAUCAUGCUCCCAAUCCUAUGCUCACCAUUAACGAAGAAGAUACUGUUUAUGUAGCCGUUGGUAAGGGCCAAAGUAGCAUGGUAGCUCUCUCAUGGACCCUCAACAACUUGCCUUCUCCAUCUACCAUGCUCUAUCUCGUACAUGUUUUCCCAGAGAUCAACCACGUUCCAAACCCAUUGGGAGUGGGAAUGAUUCCAAAGGAGCAAGUGAGUCCUGAGCAGGUGGAGAGCUAUGUCGCCCAAGAAAGAGGCAAGAGGAGAGACCUCCUUAAUAAGUUCCUCCAGUUAUGCUCUGCUUCCAAGGUAAAAGUAGACACCAUCCUGAUAGAGAGUGACUUGAUUGCAAAGGCUAUCAUUGACCUGAUUCCCAUUCUUCAAAUAGGAAAACUAGUGAUUGGAGCCAAUAAAUCCCAAUUAAGAAAAUUGAGAUCAAGGAAAGGGAAUGGCAUAGCUGAUCAGAUACUUCAGAAUGCUCCAGAAAGUUGCAAGGUGAGUAUUUUAUGUGAAGGGAAGGAAGUAAGAGAACAGAUAACUAGAGCCACUGCUAAUGAUACUUCCAUGGCCCUGAAAAAAGAUCAGCAAAAUGCUUCAGUUUCAUGUGUUUGUUUUAACUUCUAAGCCCAAACUUUAGCAUAGGGGAUAGUUCCCUCAAUGAAUAUUGGUUUUAGAUUUUAGACUUUGUGUAGAUGAAAAAUUAAGUGUUUGAAACCAGAAGAGAAUUUUCAUGCAAUAUCACUGAUUUUGUAUAAUUUGGUUGGGCUGCUAAUAUUUUUAAUUUAAGGUAGCCCUAUUGUAAGUGAGAACUGCAAGCUAAAGUCCAUUAAUUAUGAAAUAUGUGAACUUUUUCUCU